AAGAGAAGAAGAAAAAUCGUGGCUGUUUUUAAUGCAGUCAUAUUAACUGACACCUCUAGAGGAAUGUUCCCCCAAAAUAAAUGACAUAUGUAUUCUACAGUUGUUUUUAAUUUUAGCACAUGUCCAUAGAUCUGCAUCUGGGCCACCAGGCAGGAAUAUCACAAUGAAACUCACAAUGUUUGACUGGAGACGUUUGUAACAGUUUGGAAGUGAAAACCACCCAUGACAAUUUAAAUACCAAUAGACCUGUAUUGAAUACUGCUGUCUGAUGAAAUUGCAUCUCACAUCAGCAUGUGUUGCUAAGGCUGUAAACAAGAGGAAGCUGAAUCCCCUGGGGAGAUGUGCAGGGCUGCAGAUACUGAGAGCCAUGUCAAGUGCGGUCGCAAGGUAAGAAUACCGUAUAAUCCGCCAAAGUGAGGGUGGAUUGGAUGAUCUGCAUAUGGAUGCUUCAUCUGCAGGGUCCCAACUCUCCCUUUGCUUCGUCAAACAGUGAUUGGCUCCUGCAAAGUAAAUCUCCUAUCAGAGAGCUCUACAGAUAAAGUCCUCACUUAUCCCCGUGAUGGAGGAGGGAGCAGGGAGAACAAAGCCAAGUGACCCCCACUUUCAAAACACAGUGGGAUGCAUGUGUGUGUAUUACCCAAUGGGAGCUUUAAUAGAGCCAGAGCCUCUCUUGAUUGUGACUCUGAAAGAGGGAGAGGGUGAAGGGAAGAAGGGGAGCAGAGCAGCAGAGCUACCAGGCAAAGUAGAGCGGGCACGACAACUUCUGCAGUGCCGGUGACACUGGUAAGUGGCGCGGACAUCAGCACACAGCUGGAUUUAAACUUUACAAUAUUUUAGUUCACUGUGUAUUUUCAUACAUUUGGUGUAUUUCAUAUAUUUGGUAUUUGGUGGCGUGGCUGGUAACCUUUUUUUCAAUGUCAGCUCAAUGUGAGAGGAGGAAAAGUUAAUUUAGUUCGUUUCUGUGUCUGUGAUGCAACUUUUCUGCCCUUUGCAUCUUCAGUUGUUUUUUUGUUUUUUUUACCUCGCUUUGUUAAAACAGCAAAAUCAAUACACCUGUAUUUUACAUAAGCCUUUUAUGGUAUCCUUACAUAAGAAGACUCAGUUCCACAUCCUGGACUGUUGCAGUAUCUGCUACAAUGCAAGUGGAAACGGAGCCAGAUGAGUUUGGCAGAGUGUGCAGGGCCCUCGGUGUCAAGUGGACACAAAGGUUGCAGCUUAAACGCACGUGUCAGGAUUUGGUUACCUGUCCAAACCAGACAAAUGGAAUGAUAAACAGCUACUUAGACGUAAUGCUGACAGACUAUCUCGAACACCACAUAGCUGGAUUAACGGAGUCAAUAGUAGGUGACGUACAAAAGGACUGACGUAAAAGAGUGCUUCAGUCCUGAUGACUUUUUUAUUUGUCACAGCUCAAUGAGGAAAUUAUAUAUGUUUGGAUUUGUAAGCUCAUUGUCAGCGAUAAUUAUAUCCAUACUCCCUGUAAGCACUUCCACAGCCGAACUUGCAGAGUUUGUUUUUUUUUUUGUUUGGGUCAUGAAAGAGAUUUGGGAAGAAAAAAACAGUAUCCGAUGGCAGCUUCUCUGCUGAUGCACACAGGGUUUGACAGAAUCCCCUUACUAACAAAACUGUAUUGCACCAUUUAACAAUAUAUAACACUAGUUUGCUUUUUCUCUCACCCCCCUUUUUACAGAUGACACAGGGCUGAUUGCAAACGUAGCACACAGCUGCCUGGAUGAGGAGGAGGAGGAGAGAGGUCCUGCCAGGAUCUGCCGUGUGGCACUGCUGCGUCCUCAACUCAAACCUGGCUGAAAGACGGAGCUGAGGGUAGUGACAGGACAGGGCAAUGGAGGUGCCUCUUGUUAAUUUUGAGAACAUGGACGAUGUCGGCAUCAACCUGGGUGAUCCGAGUGACUCCGGGUACCCGACCUCACCCAUCUCAGAAGCCCCUGAUCAGAAUCUGUUAACGCACCAUGCAAGUUCUCCUCACCAGUCGCCACACAGAGGACGGCGAGGGUAUCAGUCUGGUCAAGAGGGGCUGUCACCGACCUCUCCCCCGACGCUGACGACAAAAGCGAACUCCAGCAGCAGCAGCCUGAUCUCCAAUCUGAAGCUCCUCAUCAACAGUGAAUCUCCAAGCGACAGUGUCUUCAGUAAGAUGCCGAGGGAUUGUUUUGACAAUGAAGAUUUGCUUGAAAGACAAUACUUGGAAGGAAAAGACGAGAAAGUUGUCAUCAAUAUCUCAGGACUGAUGUUUGAGACACAGCUCAGCACACUCAAUAAGUUUCCAGAGACAGUGCUUGGUGACCCCAUGAAGCGAAUAAAUUAUUUUGAUCCAAUGAGAAAUGAAUACUUCUUUGACAGAAAUCGUCCAUCAUUUGAUGGGAUUCUGUACUUCUACCAGUCUGGAGGAAGAAUCCGUAGACCAGCCAACGUUCCCUUAGAUGUUUUUGCUAAUGAAAUAGUUUUCUAUGAGUUGGGUCAUGAAGCAAUGGAGCAGUUCCGUGAAGAUGAAGGGUUUAUCAAAGAGCCCGAGGUGCUGUUGCCCACCAAUGAACUCCAGCGACAGUUCUGGCUCUUGUUUGAAUACCCAGAAAGUUCCAGUGCUGCCAAAUCUGUAGCUCUGGUCUCUGUAAUGGUCGUUGUCAUUUCCAUCUUUAUCUUCUGCCUGGAGACUCUUCCGGAGUUCAGGGAGGACAAUGAUUUUCUCCUGGGUGCGUCCCGAACUAUCAAUGGUUCUGUGUCUCGUCCUGCCACUAAAAACUUCAUGUCUUACGUAACGGACCCCUUUUUUAUUGUGGAGACCAUUUGCAUCAUUUGGUUUUGCUUUGAAGUUGGUGUCCGCUUUGUGGUCUGCCCAAGCAAAAGUGAUUUCUUCAAUAACAUUAUGAACAUAAUUGACAUUGUCUCCAUUAUCCCCUACUUUGUAACCCUGGGCACAGAGCUGGCUACAACUCCCGAUGACGACGUGAACGCAGGUCAGAACAUGUCGUUAGCAACGCUAAGAAUCAUCCGCCUUGUGAGAGUUUUCAGAAUUUUCAAACUCUCCCGACACUCAAAAGGCCUUCAGAUCUUGGGUCAGACGUUGAAAGCGAGUAUGAGGGAACUGGGGCUGCUCAUUUUCUUCCUUUUUAUAGGAGUCAUCCUGUUCUCAAGUGCCAUCUACUUUGCAGAAGUGGAUGAGCCCCAGACGCAGUUUGUCAGCAUCCCUGAUGGCUUCUGGUGGGCUGUGGUGACAAUGACCACCGUGGGAUACGGAGACAUGUGCCCCAUCACCAUGGGAGGCAAAAUGGUCGGCACUCUCUGUGCCAUUGCUGGUGUCCUGACCAUUGCCUUGCCUGUCCCUGUCAUCGUAUCCAACUUCAACUAUUUUUACCACAGAGAGACUGAGCAGGAGGAGAAGCAGGUGAUGGAUGCAGCGGCAGAGGCUGCCCAGAAAAUGUCAGCUGCUAAAACUAAGUACGGAAGCACGCCUUCGCUGAACAAAAGUAACGGUACCUGGUAGAACGAGAAGAAUAGAGGUCACUGACUGAGUCGCUAUUUAUUUAUGUCCACGGCAGGAAAAAACGAAACAUGUCCGUGAGUCAGAUACGGUUAAUCACUAUUUUGUACUCCAAACAUGGCAGCAUUUAUGCAUAUUACUACAGUAUUGAUGGGCACUGUGUGGUGGUGGGACAGCCUUUACACAAGUUGUCUGUCUAUUUGUGGAUGUGUCAAAGUGCAAUUAAUACAACUUAGCAACUACUACAGCUAUGAUUUGAAAUCCAGUGCAGUCUGAAGAAAAAAAAAAGUCUUGUCUCUCUCGUUGACAACUAAAGACAAACAUUUGACCUUGAAAAUGCACAGUUAGAGGAAAUGAAAGCACAUGAAAUUGGGGGUAUUCAAGGAACUACACUGAAUCUAAUCAAAGCAAGCUAGUAGCAUUGGGCGUAAUUUGGAGGUUUCAACCGCGGUGUCAUUGUAACCUGCUGUACAUAAGGGAUCCUAACGUUUAAGGGGGUUCUUACACAAUUGUGGUUGCUCUGAACUAACGGUCGUCAGCAGUUCUCAGCUCAGGUCCACAGGCAUACGAAGCAAAGCUAUGCAAAACAUUGUAAAUUCAUUCCACAAAUGAAAUGAACUCCAAAAUCUUUUUAUAACCAUUGCAAGCUGGACGUGUACUCGGAGCUCGCGUUACAUCACAGAUCCAUAUAUUAGUCUACACUUCUUUGUAUUCUGCAAAAGUGAAAGAUAACUUUGAACGAUUUUUCAAGGACAGGUGAACGUGUUCCGUAUGAGGAGAGAGAGAAAAGGACAUCAGCACACACAGUGUCUCAUCAGCAAAUCUAUAGCUCAGUGCAGGCCCUUCAUCUGACACAGCGUAACUAUAGCUGUGUGAUAAACAGUUGGCACGUUUGCAUGUCUAGAUACAGUAGUCUGCAGAAUAUGAAGUCAAUCGUUGAAACUGCUCGGCAUCAGCUGUAUUAUAGCACGAGCAUUCAGGUCAUUUUAACUACUGUCUAUGGAUGCACUUUUGUUCAUUGGCAUUUUGCACUAGCUUGUGAGGAUUUAGCUGUUUAGGCAAUCACCAUCGUCUAUCAUGUUAUUAUAAUGUGAAUUUGCCCUUUAAAAACCAUAUCAAUAUAAUGCACUGAGAAUUU